AAGAGGACGAGGAAGAAGAAGUAGAAGAAGAAAGGAGCGAUUUUGAUAAACAAAAAUGGCGGCGGAUGCUCUGAGGAUAUCGAGUUCUAGUUCCGGUUCGUUGGUUUGUAAUCUCAAUGGGUCACAGAGGCGGCCUGUUCUUCUUCCUCUGUCUCAUCGUGCUACGUUUCUGGGUCUUCCUCCUAGAGCUUCAUCUUCUUCGAUUUCUUCUUCAAUUCCUCUGUUUCUGGGCACUUCUCGUAUUGGGCUUGGUUCUUCCAAGCUUUCUCACAGGAAAAAACAAUUCUCAGUCUUUGCUGCAGCCGAAGCAGAGACGAAGCGCGCUGUGCCGCUUAAAGAUUACAGAAACAUUGGUAUUAUGGCUCACAUAGACGCUGGGAAGACCACAACUACAGAGAGGAUUCUUUACUACACAGGAAGAAACUACAAAAUCGGUGAAGUCCAUGAAGGAACAGCUACUAUGGAUUGGAUGGAACAAGAGCAAGAAAGAGGAAUCACCAUUACUUCAGCUGCAACCACAACGUUUUGGGACAAACACAGGAUCAACAUUAUUGACACACCGGGUCACGUCGAUUUCACUCUUGAAGUCGAACGUGCUCUUAGAGUUCUCGAUGGAGCUAUAUGCUUGUUCGAUAGUGCUGCUGGUGUCGAGCCUCAGUCCGAGACUGUGUGGAGACAAGCUGAUAAAUACGGUGUGCCUAGGAUUUGCUUUGUCAACAAAAUGGACCGUCUUGGAGCUAACUUUUUCAGGACGAGGGAUAUGAUUGUGACUAAUUUGGGUGCUAAGCCGUUGGUGCUUCAGAUACCUAUUGGUGCUGAAGAUGUCUUUAAAGGCGUUGUUGAUCUUGUGAGGAUGAAAGCUAUAGUUUGGUCAGGAGAAGAGCUUUGUGGCUUGCUCUAAUACCUUUGUUAGUCUUAUAGCUAAGUUUGGAAACAAUA